UUUGACUUCCCUAUCUGUAUCCAUCCCUUGUGUCUUGUCUUAUACUUAGAUUGUAUGCUCCUUUGGGCAGGGAUCAUCUUUUCUGUCUUUAUAUAGUGGUUAGCACCGUGAGGUUCUGGGCUGUGCAUAUAGUCCUUAGGUGGUAUGGUACUACAAAUAGGUUACCUUUGCUAAACUUUUCAUCUUACCUCUUAUAGUAGCUUUGGCCUAAGAAUCACAGAGAAUUGAUUUAAUGGGUGGUUCUUACCACAGGAUAUGAAUCCAGUCCUUUGGUAUAGUCCCACCAUCAGUAGCAGGUGGGAUAAUAUCAGUUUGUCCAAGAUUCUAAUUAUGUCAUGUACACCCUUAGGUAGAGUAAGCAACCUCCUGGGCUCCAGCUGAUCAUGGGAAUGGUUAAUCAUGUGGAUUCUGCCUUCUAUAGCAUGAGGUGACUGACUUAUGAACCUAGAGCAGCAGUCAUAAGAGACAGCUAGGCCUCUUGUUCUUAGUCAAAGUGAGGCAAGGAAAAAAGCUUUGUGGCUAGAGUUUCUUAACAAAGAGAGGAAGAAAGCUUCCUGCAGCAAGUUACAAGGGGCUAGGUUCCUGGAAGCCACAAUGUUAAAUGGAGAAAGGAGGGUCCAUUUAUUGUUGAUUCUCUCAGCUGAAACUUCCACAGCAACCAUCUCCCUUUCCAAUUCAAGAGUUUUCCUUGCCUUGUUAACAGAGCAACCCUUUCCACCUCCUGAGUCCAGCCCCAUGCUUGAGUUUCUCUGUAACCCCUGCAGUGAGACAUCUUUUGUCAACCUGUUGCUCAAGGGUAUGAAAUUGAGCUUCUUCCUGCCAAACACUGCACAGGAUAUACCUAUUGCUCCAUGGAGAGACUAAAGAAAGUUUAGAUGCCCUGGAUGACUGCUGAACAUAGAAGAUGGAAAGCAAACCACAUCCUGUACUUGCCCCAAGGAUGGCCCAUUCAAUAUGAUCUGGUUGGUCAUUUUAUGCAACUGUUGGGUAAUAGGUUGCUCUGCUGUUAGGGUCCAAUGUUCCCUCUAAUUUAAAGGUUACAUGCACUCUUGAUGGAAAGCUGCUUUAAGGAGCAUUGCUUAGCUACUUCACUCCCUGAAUAGUCCUGAAAAUACUGGGGCUUCCCUUUAUUACUUGCUGGUUUGAGCCAGGUCAGAGUCUAGAGGUGAAAGGGUAGAAAAACAUGGAACACAUUUUCCUAAAGAGGGAAUCCUUAGCAAUCAAAACAAACUAACAAAAUGACUUCUGUCUUUGGAGAAGAUCUUAUCUCUGUUUUACUGUCUGCCUCUGUGUGCAGAGAAGCAUUUGUGUAGCAAAUGCUCCCAGUUUCUGUAACACUUUCUCCCCCAUCUGCUGAUGUCGGAAUAUUUUGAUGACACUGUCAGCCUGAGCCUUUUCCCCAGGACUGUACCCUGCUUUCCUGCAGCCUUAAGUUCCGCAGUGGAGCCUUUGCCUCAGACUUUUAAAAAGAAGCAGAGCUGUGACACCAAUCAGACACAGGGCUUGAGAGAGGUUCCCAACUCUUAGGGGUGGGAUGUCUUGUUUGCAUGGUCUGAAACUUGGGCUUCCAUGUCCCUGGCAUCUGUUUCACCUGUUUUCCUUUCUCUCUCCCUCUUCAUUUGGUUUAGGAAGCUUUUCUUUCCUAUGUAUCUUUGUGAAUUUGUUUCACCUCAGCUUCUAUUAAUGUCUCCGUUCUCAGUCCCUGUCAUUCCCUCCCCAGCACUUCCUCAUCUCUCUCCUACUCCUUUUCCAGUUCCCUCUCCCCCACUUGGUUGGCUUUCUGUUCUCCCAGCCCAAAGGAUGGGAGCAACUGAAAAGUGUUGACAGAUACAAUGCUCCUACAAAGCAGCCCCUCCCUCGCCACCUCUCAGGUCUGUAAGCAUUUUGGAGAACAUUAGGAUACUUUUUUCUUAGAAGUGUGAGAGGAGUCAUACAAAACUCAGCAGAAUACACAACCCUGCCAGUGGUUCCUAGCCUGAUUCCUCGCUGAUUUGAAAAAUAAUCCUUGGAAAGCAUUGUAUCAUCACUUUUCUCCCUAUGGCUUGCUUGUUCUGCCUUCCCCCUGGGCAACUGGCUGUUUCUUGCCUCAGUGAGUGCAGGUUCCCUUUCCUGCUUCUUGCUGCUCACCGCUACAUGUGUGUGGUCACACUUCUGCCCUCUUGCUGAACAAGGCACAGCUCUGAAAAGCAGGCUGUGGGCUACUUAUCAGUUGCUUGUCCCUUAGUCCCAGGAUGGUUUUUCAAAAACUAGCUAAACUAGGAUUAUUGGCAGAUAUGCUGGUGCCUUCCCCAUGCUUACCAAAGGGCUCUUUGUAGGGUUCCAGUGGGAGCAGAAAACAGGCAGAGCAAGUAGAGGCUUGAAGAGAAGCCAUGGGAGGCAGAGUCAGGUAAUCUCCUGACCCCUUUUCUUCUCUCAUCCAAUCUCUCUUGGCCUUUCCCACUGCUGUACUCUCCUGUUCCAGCAGGGACCAGUCAGGGUAUGUCUACAGAGCAACGUAAACCUAAACCCCUUUGUGUCCACACAACAGUUUUGCUAAUCUGGAGUCCCAGGACCCUGCAAAGCUGGAGAGUCUGAGCCUGUGUUAAGCUGGGAUCUAAGGUCUGAGCCCUAUUGCUUUCCUAUGUGCACACAGCUUCGGUUUGAUUCGAGUCACAGAAGUGCUCUGGAUGUAUCCCAAACUUAUUUGGGGCAACUUCCUUAGUCUUUUCUAUGCUGACAAUCUGUGGCGCAGUCUCUUGCAAAAGGAAGCCACACAUCCCUUUGCAAAUGGCAGCAGCUCAAGUCAGCGUUAGCCCAAUGUCUGCUGAACGCUGGUCUGGAAGUGCCUUAUCAGAGCACCUGGAGGGUUUUCAUUGGAGACUGUGAAAAGCUGCUUCUGAUCGAGGAGAGCUGCUUUCUGGUCACAAGAGCACAGCCAGGUUUUGGUGAGUACAACCCAGGUGCCUCAGCGCAUACAGCCCCAGGGAGGGCCUGGGAGCAAGGGACAGAGAUUGGCGGGGGGACUAAGCGGCUUCCCUGCAGGAAGAAGGAGCAGCAGAGCUCCUGGAUCAGCACAACUUGGGGAGGAUGACCCCCAACAUCCUGGCUUCUCCUCUUCCCUGCAGGGUAGCCUCUUUGUCCCCACUCCACUUUCUCCCCCCGCCACCACUCUCCCUGGGGCUGCGUGUGCAGAGGUGCCUGGGAAACAUGCACUACCAGGGUGGCGAGUGGGAGUCAGCCCCAAAACCUCUCUGCAGCCUCCUGUUGCAGCUGCUCCGGCUCCUCCUCGCUGCUGGGCAGAGCUUGCCUGGAGCAGGGAGCAAAGCUGACAGGCGGGAGGUAGCUCCUGACUGCUGGGAUGUUGGGGGUCACCCCUUCCCCAGCUUUGAGUCAGGAGCUCUGCUGCUCUCCCUCCCUACAGGGCAACUGCUUGUUCCCCACUCCACUCUGUGGCUUUUGCUCCUGGGCCUUCCCUGCCCUCCCUGGGGCUGCGUGUGAAGGGGCAUACGGGCACAGUGAGGGCGGUGAGUUGGAGCCAGGCCCACAGCAUCUGGGGUGCAGUGGGGGCAGGGAUAAGGGAUCCCAAGGGAGUGCUGGCGUACACUGUACCCCAAACCCUGGGGAUGCGCUUCACUGCUUCGGAGCUGGCAGCGGCCAGGCUGAGGGGUGUGUAGGUGUUUUCCCUCUGAAACCUACAUUUUAUGUCAAACUUCAAAACAAACAGACAAAACUAAAUAAUAAACAACCAACCAAAACCACCUUCGUGGAAUAUCCCAUUUUAAAAAUUAAGAAUUGCCAAGUUUCAUUUGAAUAGUCUGACAGCCCUGGAGCCCAAUGGCCUAAUUAUCCUCAGAACAGGAGCAUGUGGGCAUUUUCCUGCCAGUGUGACUCAGCCUAGAGGUGAAGAGCCCAACUCUCAUAUUAGAUGGUAAUUCAUUCUACUGACACAGCUAUGAGAGGGGCUAAUUACGCAGUUUAUGAGCUCCUUGUGAACACUGGUGUCUCCUCAAUAGCAGCCAUCACAGUUAGGAAACAGGGUGGGCAGUAGAGUUUUCCCACAGUGCAACACAUUUGUAAAGCUAGAGUGUCGACAUGGGAAGGGGUGUGCAAGACGCUCUGGGAUAGGGUUACUUCGACUCAGGUCUGUGCACUGCAGUGUGGAUUCCAGAGCCCUCAAUUUGAACACAGGUCAGAAAAUCCUUUCCCUAGGGUUCAAAUGCAGUGUACAUAUUCAAGCCCAGGGUUCCCUGACGUUGGUCAGCUGAUGUGAGUCCCACUAACCCUAGGCUUAUGUUGCUAUGUAGACGUACCCCCAGAGGCAGGUACCGGAGCAGCCCUUGGAGCUCAGUGCCUCCCAUUGCUUUUUCCUCACCAGUGAUGUUGGCUGAGUAGCUUGGUGGUCAUGUGAAACUGGAACUGUCACAUUCCUCCUAGGGAGGUCUUGACUCCUUGCCUCUCCUCCCACCCAGUUCUAUUUCACACUUUCCCAUUGGGCUACUGGGAGACUAGAUUAAGAGAGAGUUUAUGUAGAAAAUAUUCUUUAAAUAUAACCCCAUUAAAGGCCCUUGCAUAAGAUGCUUCUGCCUCACAAUGCAGUUAAACUUUGUUAGUGUGGAGGGAGUGUUGUCUAGUAGUAAGAAAAGAUAUCUAUGAGUCAGGACUGCUGGAUGCCAUCCUUGGCUGUUACUGACUUACUGUCCAUUGGGCAAGUCACUUCACUUGCCUGUGCCUCCCUGUUGCUAUUUGUAGAGUUAGGGUGAUAACACCUGCUUUCCUCACAGCACGCUGGGAGGCCAAUGACUCUGAAUACUAUGAGUACAAAGUAUUAUUAGCAUUCCUGUUCCAUUCUUGUCAGCUGUUCUAAAAAAAUAACCAGCUUGGAGUCCUCACAGAGCAGAGGAAGUGUUCAUUGUUCUCAGAUUAGCAUAAAAGUAAAAAAAGAGUACUCCACCUAGGGGAUCAGUUACCAGACUAUCUGCCUUGCUUUCAGAAGUUGUUAGCUGUUUCGUACCACCUAGCUGCCCCUCAUGGACGUAGCCUCCCUGGUAAUUGCUCGGUUCCCAAUUACUAUCUUGUCUCAGAGCUGUGGAAGGGUAAUGGGGCCUCUUUUUACAGUUUUUCCCCACAAUAUGCCUGGUCUGCCUCAUGACCUUUGAAAUUGGAUUCACAGACUCCAUUUGCUUGCCCAAAAUUUGUAAAAAAGGUUUUAUCACUCCUGCCUUCUUGCCUUUCACAGCCAAGAGUCCAAGAGUCCCAUGGUCCAGGCAUGGACAAUGUGUACUUUCAAUAAUAAUGUUAUUAUUUAAAGCCCAGAUGUGCCAAUCAGGAUCACAUUGUGCUAGGAGCUAUUCAAACACACAUGAAGAUACUGCCUCCUCCCUGAAGAAUUUUCAUUCUAAGAAUAAAGAUGGCCCUGAUUUUCUCUCUACUGUGGCCCCUUUACACCAUUCCAUAGGCCAAAAGAGGGUACAGUGGCCUGCCCUUAGGGAAUACCUCAGUGUAAAGGGGCUUCCCUGGUGGAACAGUCCUAUGCAACUCCUUGCAGCCCCCAACACAAGGGGAGAGUUAAUAGUGGGAAGGGGCAUGGCUGGAGUGAGCUGUGCUCUGACUAUUCUGGGCUGACAGUGGUCCAUUGGCAGCUGUGGGGGCCACAUAUAGAAUUCUGGAGGCACUUAGUUCAUUUAAAGCCUCUUUUGUUUUGUUCCCUUUCCUCCCCACUGCCUGGGCUGUCUCUCAGAAUUAGGGCCUAUGAUGGUAUAAGGUCUUGUUCCUGCAAAUAUUUAUGCCCAUGGUUACCUAUCUUUAUUAGUCCUAUUGAAGUCUAUGAGACUACUCAGGGUACUAUAAAAUUAAACAUGUGCAGAAGUAUUUGUAGGAUCAGGGCCUAGUUCACAAUGAAACAUUAAAUUUUAAUUAUAAGUAAGGAAUACUUGAUUUUAUAAAUUAACUACUUUGCAUAACUCUUUUGGAAAGACUUUUCACACUAAAAAAAAUCUCAUGACAAGAAAGAAGAAAUAUUAGAUAAACUGAGUAGGAAACCAAAUCUACAGAUUACCUUUUAGACUAAAUGCCCCGCUUUGAUCCUUCUGGCCCACUUGUCACACUGCCUGCUCAGAAUGGAAUCUCUGGUCUCGGAGGCAUUUGAAAGCUGGAAAGGAGUGAUAGAAACAGGGUUGAAUUAAGGCAAUCUGAGUCCCUAGGCGCAUCAUAACGUAGAGCCCCACUAUGGCCCCAUCUGCAUUCCAUGGUCCUGAAUCCCAUUUGGAGUGGCAUGGCAGAGGGAGGGCUCCCUCUCCUUGUAGAGAGUCCCUUUCCCCUGGAGUGACAGCAGGGACUUUCCCCUGCUCCCCUCCCCUGGGGGACAGCAAGAACACCAACAGGAGUCCCCUCUGGAGGUGUAGGAGCAGCAGCAUGGGGCUCCCCAGUAACUAUCUCAGCAGCUGAGGUGCAUUGGGGUUGGUGGGUGGGCCUACUGCGCUUUACUCAUGGCACAGUUUCCUCCGUGGGGUGGCGCUGGUGGGGGUCUCCAAAGCACUGAGAUGCCUGGAGUAAUUCACACCUCUCAGAGCCAUUCUCUCAGUUUGCAGAACCAGACAAAUAUCGUUCCAUCUGUUAUGCUCAGUUCAUAUUUUCAGACUUCAGUUCACAAACAUAUGGCCUAGAUUUUGUUUUUUCCCAAGGAAAGCUGAGAUUCUGAGUUCAUUGCCUGAUUCCAGGAGCUGGCAUUUUAGGCUUGGGUCUGUAGUGCCUCGGCCUUAAUCCAGUCCUGGAUGGAGCCCGUAGUUUGAAUAAUUUAAAACUGAACUGGCCAAAACAUUAGUAUCAUAGGGAGCCAUGCUGCCUUGGGAAAGAUGGACUGGGUCUCUUUGAUUCCCAACUUCUAUGAUAUAAAUGCUAACCCUUUCUGAGAUUUGCUGCCUAAAAAUGCCUGACUUCUGCGUUUCAGAAGUUCAGUACUGCCUGUUAUGGAGGCACUGGGUGAGACCACGCAGUUAAAAUUGCAACUGGUAUUCCAUUAUAAAGCUUAAUUUGACUCUUUCCCACUCUGACUUUAGUUGAAAGAGCCAUUGGUCUGAACUGAUGUAGGUGUUACCAGUUUUAAAAAUGAUUUUUAGAAGUGUAGAAAUAGAAUGGUUUGUAUUGCAUAACUUAAAAAAAAACAACAAUGAUUUUCAGAAUGAAAAAAGUCCUUCUGGGAUUCAUUUAUUUUUGCUAUUUUUGUCUAGACAGUGGUUUAUUUCAGAUGUUUGAAAAUUGAUAUAUAUAUGAGACACAUAUUUGAACACACUGCCAGGAAUCUUGUCAUUUAUUUUUCCAUUGAUUUCUGUUUUUUUUGUUUUUUGUUUUUUUUUAAAUAUACACUUUUAAGCAAUGCAGUGGUUGUGUGUUGGGGGAUGCUGUGGCAUAUUGGUUGUCAACUGAGUCUGUUGAAUGAUAGGUUUGAUGAUUUAUACAUUUGGCAUCUAAAACUAUAGAUUGACAACACUUUUAAGUUUUAGUCACCAGACAUGCCAUUCCAAAAUGAACCCAGUCAAAGAGUAGGAUUUUAAAAUGCAACAGCCAGUACAAUUCAAACCUAUAUAUUCCAAACUUCAGUUCAAGACUGUCAAUACGACACUACCUGAAUAUCAUAUGGAGCAUUGUUGAGUUUGUGAAUUGUGUAUGGCUUAUGAAGAAGCGGGCUUUGUACAGCCUUUGCAUGAAUAAGGGUAAGACAUAAAAGGUCCUAUGCACAGUUCUGAGAGGAGAAAGUUCUGUGAAAAAUGGAUAAGGUUAAUUGAGACGUGGUAGUCAUUGUGAGUGUUUUGCCUAUGGGUCAGAGUUCAGUUUGUUUGGGUGCCAGUCAUAGAGAAUGUUUUCAUUUUGUGAGUUUUCUUUUUUUUUUUGUUUACAUGAACUUUAACGUAUAUUGUUAAUAAAUGAGAUCAGUGUCAAGAAAUUCAUGGUCAGGCGGUUCAUCUUAGGAGUCUUGGACUAUCUUUUUUACCUUCUCCCUGAUCCCAUCAGUUCAUAUGGCCCAUAAAUCUCUAGAAAGGUAUGUGUUGACUUCAGUGGGCUUUGGAUCAGACCCUUUAUUGAAUAAAGUUCAAAACAGUGUACUUAGCAUCCAGACAAGUUAACAUCCAAGUUUUUUGACAGUCUGUGUUUCAUGUCCUCAGGAUGAUCAAGAGAAGUUAUGUUAACAGUUCUCUUCGCUUUUAUUAUUGCUCAAGUUUCAUGUUUAUUAGAUUAGGUGUUAUAAAUUUCUAAGUAUAUAAUUCCCUUUACAAGUGAGCCAAACAUGAACCACAUUAGCACUGUGGAUCUAGUGACUGAUGAUCCACAUGGAAAGAUAAGAGUCUACAGCUCCUACCAGCUACAGAAGUGAUCCCUUUAACUAUAGUGAUAGAGUUUCAUGCUUUCAGUGCUGAAGGUUCCACAUUCAAACCCACUAACAACCCACUCGAGAUGUCAUCAAAAGUGCACAUUAGAGAGGUGCUUUUAUGUAAGUAUAUGACAAUUAUUAACACAAAUGCAAAUAUCAUAAUACCUGUACAGAAAAUAAGAAUAAACAUGGUUAUAACCUGUGAUAUGGGGAAUAAGAUAAGAUCUCUUUUUAUUAGAGGUAGAAGAGUGUGUUUAUCAGUUAUGAUCUCUAAGUAUAAUAAAGCUGUAACUGAAUCUCCAGUGUUACAAAUGGCAAAAGGGAAGAGAGAGGAAUAUGGGCAGGGAGACUAGAGGCUAAGGAAAAGGACACUCUUUUUAGACAGUGCAGUUCUUUCUCUGAAAUCAGAUGUUGCAGUGUCAUUUAUGGAUGUGAUUUUUGUUGCCCCCUGCCCCUGUGUCCACUUUAGAGGUGUGGUGUUACGCAGCAUGAGAAAUUUCCACAGCUUUGUUUGGGUUAGAUGGGCUGCCACUACCCAGGCCUUGGCAUCAACACCAGGAGAUGCUGUUGCACGCCCUGACAGAUCUGUGCUUCUUUAGGACCUCCUCCGCCCCCCCCCCCCAAAAAAAGGGGGGCAAGCAAGCAUUUGAGUUCUAGAUCUUCAUUGCUUUCAGUUGGGAUGAAGCUUAACAAUUGUCAUUGGCUGGUGUAAAUGGACCAAAUCUGGGAGGGGAAAUUGGUAAGCCAGUUGCUGUGGCUGGAUUUCACACCAUUGUAUUCUCUAGGGUUGCCUGUGUAUUCAGUGCUUUGGAAAGAGAUGAAACAGUCCAGUCUUCAGGUCACUGGCAUGGUGUAAUUUUAGAAGAGUGCGUGCUGAACACUAACAUUGGAGCUUUGCAAAUUCAUAUCCCAUUAAUGCCCCUGCCCAGUGUAAUGAAAGAGGUGCUGGGGCUCAUUGCCCCUCCCCAGUGAGGGUCUGGUCCAGGAUCAGGCCCUAAUGAAUUGCAAACCCAUUACUAGGAAUUCUGUGUGGAGCUGGCCUCCUCUGACUCUCUCUAGUGCCUUCAUGCUGCCAACAUUGCUGAUAUUCCCCUACUCAGUCAUCUCACACCAGACAUCUUGAACGCAUGUAAUCAAAGCCACUGAAAUAUUCCCACUUGGUUGUCCAGCCAAUUGUUAAGCAAUUAUUUUAAUAUAGCUGUUGCCCAUCUGGCCUCCAGGGAGUGCCAAGGCUGUAAUAGUUGGGCACUAUCUGGGACACAGGGAGGAAGGGUUAAGAACAGAUUAUUUUUUCUUUAAAGAUUGGCGUUCUUGGAAAAGGGCUGGAGUUGGAAACAUAGCAGAUGUUUUUAAAGGGCGAGGCUUCAGCAUCGAGCCUUACAGAGGCAAUUGUCUUAAUCAGUCACAAUAUACUUGAGCAUUUGAAGCUAUCCCUUAAAGACACAGCUGUCAAAAACAGGCACACUCCUGCCCCCAGCUAAAACCUGGGUGUGCCUUCGUCCUUCCCACUCUUUCUCUGGAAAGCCUGAUAACUCCAUGUAAAGGGCCGACGAGAAGGAAAGGUGCUUCUGGAUGGUUUGCUGCUUUCCCUCAAUUUGUGAGGCUGCCUGUAAGUACCCUGGCCCCAUACUCUAUAAUUUCUCCUUCUGAAUGCUGCUACAAGCCUUUCCCUGGAACACUGACUCUCUUUAUUUUAAUGUACAGUCUACAUUUUGCUCACAGAUUUCACCAUAGCAGGGUGGGGCGUAAUCACUGAUUCAGAUUCUUUAAGAAUAAACCUAUUCAAAGAAUCCAUUGACUGCCUCCUGAUCUCUGUGGCUCUUGUGUUCUGAGAUGUUCCAACCAUACUAACCUGCAGGGGAGGGGAGUUUUGGGACACACUUGUGAGAGGAGUAGCAUAUGGGAAGAAAUCUUUUCUAUUCCUUUUCCUGGGAAAUGACCCAGGUAUCCAGAAAUUAGUGGCCAGUAGAAGGGAAAUCCGUGCCCUUCGCUAUUGUAGGGAACUCCAUGGAGGAGGAGGAGUCAAGUGGGGGAAUGAACUGAAUUUAAUCCCUCUCAGUAAGUGUUUUUAUUUUGCUCUUCUUGUGACUCAAAUUAUGUUGAGCAAACACCUAUUGAAGGAAAGCUGCCUUGUCCUCAUGUGAACACACAUGGCAAACUACAAUAACCAGACCUUGAGCAGGACAAAAACUUUGAACUCUAAAGCGCUGUUAUUCUGCAAUUGAAUUUAGGAUUUCAGGUGAUGAAUGAAGAAGACUUUAUUAAGAAACUGGACUGCAAGCCUGACCAACACCUGAAGGUGGUUUCCAUCUUUGGGAACACUGGGGAUGGCAAGUCACACACGCUUAAUCACACUUUCUUCUGUGGUCGUGAGGUCUUUAAGACAUCUCCAGCCCAAGAAUCCUGCACAGUCGGUGUAUGGGCAGCCUAUGACCCUGUCCACAAAGUGGUGGUGAUUGACACAGAAGGUCUGCUUGGGGCCACAGUGAAUGUGAGCCAAAGAACGCGGCUGCUUCUGAAGGUCCUGGCCAUCUCUGACCUUGUUAUCUACCGUACGCAUGCUGACAGACUCCACAAUGACCUCUUCAAAUUCCUUGGAGAUGCUUCAGAGGCCUACCUGAAACAUUUCACUAAGGAGCUGAAGGCAACCACAGCCCGCUGUGGCUUGGAUGUCCCCUUGUCCACUCUGGGUCCUGCAGUCAUUAUCUUCCAUGAGACUGUGCACACCAAGCUACUGGGCUCCGAUCACCCUUCUGAGGCGCCUGAAAAACUCAUCCAGGAUCGCUUCCGGAAACUGAGCCGCUUUCCCGAAGCCUUCAGCUCAAUCCACUACAAGGGAACGAGGACUUACAAUCCCCCCACAGACUUCUCGGGACUUAGGAGAGCUGUGGAGUACCAGCUGGAGAACAAUACCACCCGUUCCCCACGACAACCUGGGGUUAUCUUCAAAGCACUGAAAGCACUGAGCGACCGGUUCAGCGGUGAGAUCCCCGAUGACCAGAUGGCUCACAGCUCCUUCUUUCCGGAUGAGUAUUUCACCUGCUCUACUGUAUGUCUCAGCUGUGGCUGUGGCUGUAAGAACAGCAUGAACCAUGCGAAAGAAGGAGUUCCUCAUGAAGCCAAGAGCCGCUGCAGAUACUCCCACCAGUACGAUAACAGAGUCUAUACCUGCAAGGCUUGUUACGAGCGUGGGAAGGAAGUCAAUGUGGUGCCAAAAACAUCUGCUUCCACUGAUUCUCCUUGGAUGGGCCUUGCCAAGUACGCAUGGUCAGGGUAUGUGAUUGAGUGCCCCAACUGUGGAGUGGUGUACCGCAGCCGGCAGUACUGGUUCGGGAACCAAGAUCCUGUGGACACAGUGGUGAGGACAGAAAUUGAGCACGUCUGGCCAGGAACAGAUGGAUUUCUGAAAGAUAACAACAAUGCAGCUCAGCGCCUGUUGGAUGGGAUGAAUUUCAUGGCACAGUCUGUGUCUGAGCUCAGCCUGGGACCCACAAAAGCUGUGACCUCUUGGCUGACGGACCAGAUCGCCCCUGCCUACUGGAGACCCAACUCUCAAAUCCUGAAUUGCAACAAGUGUGGCACAUCCUUUAAAGAUAAUGAUACUAAACAUCACUGUCGGGCCUGCGGGGAGGGCUUCUGCGAUGGCUGCUCUUCCAAGACCCGCCCCGUCCCUGAGCGGGGCUGGGGACCAGCACCAGUGAGAGUGUGUGACAACUGCCUUGACAGCAGGGGCAUCCGGUUAGAUGUGCCUGAGUCACAGACAGAGGAAGAAGGUGGGACGCUGAUUGCCAGGAAGGUUGGUGAGGCAGUGCAGAACACUCUUGGAGCUGUGGUGACUGCCAUAGACAUUCCACUAGGGCUCGUGAAAGAUGCUGCUAGACCUGCUUACUGGGUGCCGGAUCAUGAAAUCCUGCACUGCCACAACUGUCAGAAGGAGUUCAACAUCAAGAUCUCUAAACACCACUGUCGAGCCUGUGGCCAGGGAUUCUGCGAUGAAUGUUCAAACGAGCGUCGAGCAGUCCCUUCCCGCGGAUGGGAUCAUCCAGUGCGAGUCUGUUUUAACUGCAAUAAGAAACCUGGUGAUCUUUAACCCCAGCUUCCUGUCUGGGUCCUUCAUGAUUCCUUAGGUUCUCAGGGUUAGAAAAAAAUAUUUGGUCUCCCUUUCACCUUUUGCAGCCAGAGUGCAUGUUUCUGAUCUCGGGCCUGCUCUCAUGUUGUACCCAUCUUGGAAUGCUGGGACAUGAGCUCAAGUGAGUAAACUGGACCUUCAGGUUUUAAUUGUAAGCUGAUUGGGGAAGGGGGGAGCUCACAUAAAUGAGCAACCCAAAUCCAAUGUAUUUUAUUCCAGUUUAAACAUCUAUAUCUAUAUAAUUUAGUAUGUUAAGGAUGCCGGUGGCUAGUGAAGUUUUGAAUAUUUCUAGUUCAAAUAAGAGAUGCAGCUGGACCCUGCUGUAUUGGGUCAAAUUCAUAGCCACUGCAGUGCCUUCUAAUUUUUCUCUUGAAGCAUUUUACUCAUCACACGGUCCUAUUGUAAAGGUUUGGACCCUUUGCUGCCAGGAGGGUCCACGGCUCCCCAAGAUAAAUUGCAUCUGAUAAUGGGAAGGGCCCUUCCUCUGGAAGCUCCACCUGCUGUCACUAAAGGGGUUUGCAAAAUCCAUUUGAAUUGUGGUAACAAUUGCUAGUCUGGCAGGUCACGAGACUGCAGUGCAGGUGAGUGGAGGUGAACCUAGCACCAUGGCAGAGAUCAAGCUAGAGUUGUUAAAAGGAAAACAAAUGAUGUGGAAAAUGCUAGGGCAUCUGCGGUAGAACCCAUUUCCACGUCAGCACAAGAUUGCAGGGCCUCACUCUUCUUGACCAUGUUCCCAUGCGCUUGUAUUUCCUUCCUGGAGCACUUUAACUGCUUUAUGAGGUUCAUCAGAAGCUAAGAGGCUUGUGACCAGAACGAGGCAAGUGCCUGUUUUCUGGAAGAUUGCAUGACCUGCAGUCUAGUGUUUGCUAGGCUUACUAAAGUUUUAAAGGGUCCCCAAAUCCAUGGUGCCAUCAAUGGUCUUGCAGACUGCUGCAUAGAAAUGGAACAGAUUUGACUGUGAUCUUUCUUAUAAAAACAACAACAAACCAACCAAACCUCCAGAUCCAGCUGGAAAACAGGAAUCUCUUCUCAGCUCUUAUAGCAAGUGGCACUCACUGGACUUUACCCUUCCAUAAAGGUCUGCAUUGAACCACUGAAUUUAUCAGCAAUGAGCAAACCACUGUGCUCAACUGAUACGCUCCUUUUCUGUGGGUUUUGGCUCUCAUGACAAGAAAUAAGAGAUCAUCAUGAACUGAACUUUUGGUUUAUGUAGACAAGGGAUGCUCCCAUGGAGGGGACUUGUCUCCAAUUGUAGUGGCUGAAGUUUGACACGAUACCCUGAAACUGAUUUAGUCCUACCCGUUAAACAUUGCCCUUGUGUAGCUCAAUGAUUGACACCCUCUGUUAGGACUAUAUUAUUAAAUUAACUACUAUAAAAGACUAGACCUUCUGAACAAGUGUGCUGGCUCUGGCCUUUUAACUAACAGUUCUUGCUGUCACCCCUGAAGGAACCUGUUUGCAAAGUGACUGCCUCAGGCAGCUGUUCUGAGACUUCACGCUGAAGCUGAAAUGGAAUGUGUGGUAGGAAACCUUCCCUGCUGAUUAAACUUGCCAGAGACUGACUUGUAUUUUGUAAUCAAAGGCUGUCAUAAGCUGACAGUCACCUGGAAGGGAGUGGGGGAUAGGAGUGGGUAACACUCCUGUCUUAGAAAAGACAUUUUACAGUAUAGCUCUGCACUUUGAGCUGUUUAUUUUUGAAUAGGUGGUGAACAAUGCAAUUUUGUUUUUGGUUUGAAGACCAUGCCCUGUGUGGCUUCCAUGCAUGUGGCUUUACUACCAUGUUAAUGCACAAAGAGGAAACCAUCCAUGACAUUCCCUGUAUAAAGUCUUCACUUCAGAA